CUCCGAGAAAAGGCACUCACUCCCAGGCACAGCUCACCACCGCUUCUUUCUUUCCUUCCCUUCCCUCGCUUUGAUCACACCCGCCCCACGCCUAGCAUCCGCAUUCACUUUUUACAUUCACCCUGCACAUUCUCAUUGCGUCUUCAGCUCCACUGCACCACCACCCUCUACUCCUCUACUCUUCUUGACUCCACCCUUUCUCACUACCCCCCCACAAUGAUCAAAAACCUGACCCGCCUUUCUUCGGUCGCAGGCACACACGCAGCCGCCUCGAUCUCAGCUCCAGCUUCAGCAGCAGCCAUAGUCGUUGCACCCUCAGUCAUUGCCCGAUCUUUUCACGCUUCCGUCCGGGACUGCAGCAAGACGUACUCGACCGCGGAUGUUCCCACGAUUUCAGGAGUACCCCAUCUGUUGACGGAUAACGAUCUGUCAGCAAAGCAGCUCUGCGAUGUGAUCCAGAGUGCUUGUGAAUUUAAGCAUCAGGCCAAGGUGCUUGGAAAGGCGAGCGAUGCACCGCUGAGGGGCAAGACGAUGGCGUUGAUGUUCUCGAAGCGGUCGACUCGUACGCGUGUCGCUACUGAGACUGCCGUUACAUACCUUGGCGGACAUGCAAUGUUUUUGGGAUCGCAGGAUAUUCAGUUGGGCGUGAACGAGUCGCUGUUGGACACGAGCAAGGUGGUGUCGAGCAUGGUCGACGGUAUCAUGGCCCGUGUCGGCGCACAUUCAGAGAUCGAGACAUUGGCAAAGUACUCGACCGUGCCUAUUAUCAACGCCCUCUCGGAUCUUUACCAUCCCACACAGAUCCUUGCCGACUUGAUGACGCUGCACGAACUCUACACACCUCAGGGAUCAGAACCCCACACGACGUCUCCAGCCUCGACUCUGAAAAACCUGCGCCUGGCAUGGGUGGGCGAUGGCAAUAAUAUUCUUCAUUCGUUGCUGCUGCAGUUGCCAAAGGUCGGGAUGCACAUCAGCAUGGCGACACCGAAGGGAUAUGAACCGAACGCGGGGAUUUUGAAGCUGGCACAAAAGAAUGCGAAGGAGGCAGGGACGGAGGUUGGGGUUUAUCAUGAUCCGAAGGAAGCCCUUCGUGGCGCGGAUAUUGUUGUUACCGAUACAUGGAUCAGCAUGGGUCAGGAGGAAGAAAAGAAGCAGCGUGUUGAGGCGUUCAAGGGAUACCAAUUGACGACGGAGCUGAUUAACGAGAGCGGGGCACAGGCGGACUGGAAGUUCUUGCAUUGCCUGCCACGCAAGCAGGAGGAGGUGACGGACGACGUGUUUUAUUCGCCCCGCUCGCAUGUCUUCCAGGAGGCCGAGAACCGCAAGUGGACGAUCCUGGCGUGCAUUGACAAGUUGUUGGUCAAGAAGGGAUUCUAGAUGGGCGGUGCGAGUAAGGAGGGAGGGGGAAGAUGAUGACUGGACCAUCCAGGUAGUCGAUUGGGGGAUAGUACUAAUAAAAUGCUGGUGAUAUGUAGAUACAUGCCGGGGAACCAGGGGGGUUGGGAUGGAGGCCCCAUCACGUGUGUUAUGUAAUUGUGUAAUUGUGUGCGGAGGAAAGGGAAGGAAGGAUGGGCUAAAUGUGGGUGACGAUGUACCUCCUCCUCGGUACUUUCC